ACUCUUUUCUUUUAUCCCACAAACGCGCGCACACACAAACACAACACACACACACACACUCAGUCCCUCUCAUUCCCCAACUUUUGUUUCUUAGAAGAAAUUGCAAAAGUGGUUUGCAUUUGCAAUUCCCGCAUCUCAUCUUCAACAGCCAUGUCUCUAAUGCUCGACAAUUGUGAAGGCAUCUUACUUUCUUUGGACUCUCACAAGUCUGUCCCAGCCCCUUUCCUCUCCAAGACUUACCAGUUGGUCGACGAUCCCUCCACCGAUCACAUUGUCUCCUGGGGCGAAGACGACACCACUUUCGUCGUCUGGCGUCCCCCUGAGUUCGCCCGCGAUCUCCUCCCCAACUACUUCAAGCACAACAAUUUCUCCAGCUUCGUCCGCCAGCUCAACACUUAUGGUUUUAGGAAGAUUGUCCCGGACAGAUGGGAGUUCGCCAACGAGUUCUUCAGAAAAGGUGAGAAGCAUCUGUUGUGUGAGAUUCAUCGACGAAAAACUGCUCAGCCCCAACUUCCUUACAACCAUCACCAUCUCGGGAGUCUGAGUGGGUCCAGUUUUUUCCCAUUUUCAACCCGCGUUAGCAUCUCCCCCUCAGAUUCGGACGAGCAUAUCAAUUGGUGUGACUCGCCACCACUCCCACCCAGGGCUGCACCCGCUGGCUUCUCGGUUCUGGGCAGUGCAAAUGUUAGCAAUAAUAGUAAUACGAGUUACAGCAUGAUGAGUUCGGUGACGGCUUUGUCGGAGGAUAAUGAGAGGUUGAGAAGGAAUAACUCUAUGCUGAUUUCGGAGCUUGCUCAUAUGAGGAAACUUUAUAAUGACAUCAUCUAUUUUGUUCAAAACCAUGUGAAGCCUGUUUCUCCUAGCAAUUCUUUCCCUUCCUUGCUUCUUUCUCACCCUUCUACCACUACUACUCCUCCUCCUAAUUCCCAAAAACCCCUUAAUCAGUUGCUUGGAUUCUAUCCUCCUACUCAUGCUAAUACUACUACCAAGCACUUUUCCUUCCCUACUGCUAAUGCUAUUCCUACGACUCACUUUGUCAGCUCACCGACCGCAACGUCAAAGAGCGCAGUUACGGAGCUCGACACAUUUGGAAUGGAGGGUGAUAACAGUAGUUGCAAAACCAAGCUGUUUGGAGUGCCACUUUCAUCAUCCAAGAAAAGACAACACCCUGAUACUACUAAUUACGUUUCUACUUCGGAUACCAACAAGAAUUCUCGGUUGGUGUUGGAAAAAGGUGACAAUUUGGGGCUCAAUCUCAUGCCUCCUUCCAGUAGCUGCUAGCCCUUGCUCAUCCUCCAUACCCCUUUUUCAAUUCUUAAGAUUAUUCAAUUUUUUAUUAUCUUUUUUUAUUACUAUUAUUCUUCCCUUUUGUUAUUUGAGCGGAUCCGUUGGGUUGAGUAACUGUUGGAGUAUUUGUGUGCCAAGUUGUGAAUGUGUAUGUGAUUAUCUUGUACAUCAAUCUUUCUUAAUUCAAAUUCCCA